AUGGAUAAAAACAAUAUUUCUGGCUCUGCUGAGGACAUUAUUGAGACUCCGAAUUUUGCCAACUGUAGCCUUCACCCUGAGACCCUUGAGAAGCAUCACGGUUUUCCUUUUCCAUACACAUCGCUAUCGGGGGAAAGAAAAAAUUUCAAGAGGGCGGCUAACAGGGGAAGGAAAGGCUCCCGAGUAUUGUUGAAUACAACUUAUCCUUUGAGGUCAUCCGAGAAUACUAGUAGGGUUCUUAGUUCUAGAUCAGUUGCAGAUAAGUCACCUAUUGAAGCUGUGCUAACUCCAACUGAAAGAGCUGCGAAGAAGCCACUUUGCGACGAUGUGCACACUCUAGUAAAACCAUCUGGUAAAAGAACAAAGAGGGAUAGGCCAACAAAGACUGGUCCCAAUGAUGGGUUAUCAAAAAUUCGUAAUCGAAUUAGAAACAUUUCGAGCCGGAUGAACUAUCAGAAACAUUUUCUUGAAGUAUAUGCCAGCGAAGGAUGGAAAAAACAAAGUUUGGAAAAGAUACGGCCUGAGAAGGAGCUUGAACGAGCCAAGGCAGAGAUCAUGCGGUGCAAAUUAAGAAUACGAGAAGCUUUCCAGAAGCUUGAUAAUCUUCUAACUGUAGGGAAGCUUGAAAACUCUUUGUUUGAUUCUGAAAGACUGAUAUCUUGUGACCAUAUUGUUUGUGCCACUUGUAGAUUGCAAGGCCCUACAUCAAAUAAUGGCAUCAUUCUCUGUGACGGCUGCGACAGAGGGUUCCACCAGAAUUGUUUAAAUCCUCCUUUACUCACUGAAGAUAUCCUCGAGGCAGGAGAACAAUGGCUUUGCCCUGCAUGUGAUUGCAAGAUAAAGUGUAUAGAAUUAAUAAAUGAACUCCAGGGGACAAAACUUUCCAUUAAUGACUCUUGUGAGAAAGUUUUUCCUGAGGCAGCUGCCAUGGCACACGGGCCUAUGCAAAAUGAUGUACCUGAUCUUCCAUUGGACGAUUCAGAAGACGAUGACUUCGACCCCAAUAUAUCCGAAGAACAUGUGGCUGGUCACGUGGAAGGACCAUCAGAAGAGGAUAUUUCAGACUCUGAUGACUCAAAUUUCAUCACGUCUUCUGACAAUUCAGAGCAUGUGAAGAAGAAAGAGAACGUUGAUGACCUUGAACUACCUUCUGACGACUCAGAGGAUGAUGACUAUGAUGCAGCAGAUCCGGAUUCAGAUAAAGAUAUCGAAGAGAAGCAAGAUGAGUCAGACUUCAUAUCGGACUCUGCUGAUCUCUGUGCUGAUAUUGCUAAGUCAUGUGGUGAGGAUGAAGUUUUGUCUUGUCCUAAAGUUGGAGAUCAUACUACCAAGGAUCUUGCGAUCGACCAAGCUGCGAUUUUACCAUCAAGGAGACGGCAGGUUCAACGGUUGGACUACAAAACACUUUAUGAUGAUGCUUAUGGGGAAGCGCCAUCUGAUUCAAGCGAUGGUGGAGAGUGGUCCGGGCAGAGCACACUCAAAGACAAUGAAGAAGGAAAUGAACUGGAUCCAUUUGCACGCAAAAGCUCGAGGGGAACACGACCUGUGCAUUCUGAUGGUUUUCAUGGUAGCAACAGUAAUGCUAAGAUAGGGCAGUUUGGUCCAAUAAUUAAUGAGAGGCGAGGUGAGCAAUUUGAAACAGAUCAGUAUCCUAGCCGUGAUGCUAUGAAUGAGGGUACACCAUCUGGAACUCUGAAUGAAGAACACCAUGAACUCGCACAUGUGUACUACAUUGUGUGGCUGAAUUCGAGCAUCGUCAACCUGUUCCAGCUCUAUGAGAACGACUGUCCUAUCUCCACCCGCUCGGUCGUCAUGUCCAUUUGGGACAGGCAGCGGUGCCUUCUCGGCAAGGUGUCGUUCUUAGCAAACUGCCUCUACCAGUACGCCUACAGAUCAUGCAACCCACAUGUUUAUCUGUGA